GAUGGAUGAUUGGGGAAAGGUACAGAUCGCGGCCGAGGUCCUUAUAGCGGUUUUAGCCAUUUUUGGUAAUGGAUUAGUCGUAUUAGCCAUCUACAGAGAAAGAACCCUUCAGACGGUAACAAAUUACCUUAUAGCAUCUUUGGCAGCUGCCGAUUUUGCCGUUGGGAUGAUUGGUAUUCCUUGUGUUAUUGUUAAUAAUUAUGGCUUACCAAGACAUUAUUAUGCUUGCUUACUAAUGAACUCAACUAUCGUUGUAUGUACUCAAAUAUCUAUCUUUAGCCUAGUAGCGAUAGCAAUAGAAAGAUUCUUGGCUAUAAAGUUUCCCGUUAUUCACCGUCAAAAAAUAGGAACGAAGGCGGCUGGUUUGUUGAUAGCUUGCUCAUGGAUAUUUGGAGCUAUUGUUGGAUUUGUACCACUUUUCGGUUGGAAUCUUGGAUGGUCUGGAACGUGUGCAUUCGUUCUACUUAUUGAUAUGAACUAUAUGGUUUACUUUAACUUUUUUGGUUUUUAUUUAAUUCCUCUAGUUUUCCUCUUCAUUGUGUAUGGGUAUAUGUUUCACGUUGUUAGAUUAAAAUGUUCAAAGGGUGAUAAGAAGUCUGUUAUUACACUGAAAAAAGAGUCAAGAGCGGCAAAACGUAUCUUUAUUGUCUUGUUACUUUUCGCAUCUUGUUGGUUACCAAUUAAUAUACUAAACUCUGUUACACUAUUCACUGGUAAGGUUUACAUUCAGCUAUUAAUAAUCUCCAUUCUGUUAUCUCACGCAAACAGCUGUAUGAAUCCUUUUGUUUAUGCACUUAUAAAUACUAAAUUUAAUAUCGCCUUUAAAAAGGCGUUGGGUAUAAGAAAAAAUAGCGUUUCCCCCACUGUAGUGUCAACUGUCUCCUAA